GCUGUCUUAUUGCCCUGGUCAUUUCAACCAACGUCUGACCCUUUUGUUAACUCAUGAUUUAUAACUGGAAGUUACUUUUUUUUAAAUGCCAGAUUUAUAAACUUUACUGUGCUUGGUUUGAUAUAAUAUCCAUUUUGUACACCAAGCUAUAAGACAGUAAAUUUAUUGUCUAUGAACUGUUACCUUGAAAAAUUACAUCAAUGCAAAGUGGUUCCCAUUUAGAAUCAAUGGGCAAUAAAUUCAUUGGAAUUUUUUUUGAAGGGGGGAGAGAACAUGAUGAUAUUUAUGAAGUCAUGAGCGGGUAUAUAAUGGGAGAAACUGGCAGCAGAGGCAACACUCAGACAGGAGUUCUGAGUUACAGGGGUAGACAAAGACAAAACAUAUUCAACACAGCAAUGAUGCAUAAGCUGAUAUUCUGCUGUCUCAUUAUUGUCAGCUUCUCCUGUCCUCUCUCGUCUCUCCCCAUCAUCAACACCAGUGAGAUGUCUUAUCAACUCUCAGCUGAUGAAGACUCGAGAUUAAACCUGGAGAGGCUGGGCAGCCCAGGAAGCACUUCUCUGAUUCAGUUUCUGCCAGAGCUCUUGGGCACACUGACUGAAGACAACAAAGCAGGUCUUACUCCCAGCAACUACAACCCAGGGGAAUAUAUCAAAGCGACUUUCUAUGGAAAUCAUCCUCGAAUUGCUUUGCUGGGACGCUUCUUGACCAAGGACAGGAAACAGUACAAGAAACGUGGGAAUCUUUCCGAGUGCUUCUGGAAAUAUUGUGUGUAAACAGGAAACCUCCUGACAGGUUGCAUAAUUUAUACAGAUGUCUGAAAACGUGUAUAUAGAUUUGCUUGAUUUAAAAUGAGAAUGUUGAAACAUGAAGGCAGCGCCUAACUUUAGACUCUACGCUACUUGGAAAUGAAUAAAUUCUUGAUAUUUUGCAA